AUGCCCAGGAGUCAAAAGAAUAAGCACCGUCGGAAGAAUAAGAGCCACAAUCAAAAGAAAGGCCCCCAUGAAGGAGAUGAUUCUCAGGAUAACAAGGGAGCACAGAAGAGUGUAGCAGUGGAAGAAAAGCCACCCUCCUCUUCCUCUGCUGUGAUUGAGCAGAUUCCUAAGAAGCUACCUGCUUCUGAAUCAAGUAGUGACACUGAGUGGCCUUCCUGUAUACCAUCUCCUGUUGCUAUUUCUGAUGAUGAUAAAGCAUUGGAUAAGGGCAAUUACUGCUGUUGUGGAAGGAACUUAGUUUCCUCAGAAUAUCAACCCUGCUAUGAUAAUGCGUGCAAAAGUUGCCUAGAAAUGUAUGUGUCUUUAGUGGAGCAGAUUGUACUCUACAAAUAUAAAAUGAAGCAACCUAUUACCAGAAAAGAUUUACUAAAUGUUAUCAACCCAAAGUACCAAUACAAAUUUGAUGAGAUAUUAAAGAGAGCUUCUGAAAAUAUUGAAAUUGCGUUUUCAGUUGAUGUAGUCGAAAUUGACUCAGAUAAUCACUUUUAUGACGUAGUCAGCAAGUUAAAACUCCCCAAUAAAGGAAGGGUUUGUCCUGGCAGGGGUUUACCAAAAACUGGUCUUCUUAUGACUCUCCUGGCUCUGAUUUUCAUGAAAGGUACCUCUCUUGCUGAGGAGGAGGUCUGGAAAUUCCUGAGUAUUAUGCAAGUGUACCCAGGGAGGAAGCAUUUCAUAUACAGAGAGCCACGGAAGCUCAUCACUCAAGAUUUUGUGAAACUGAAGUAUUUGGAGUACCAGCAGAUACCCAACAGUGAUCCUCCACGCUACGAGUUCCUAUGGGGUCCAAAAGCUUAUACUCAAUCUACCAAGAUGAAAGUCCUGGAUUUUAUGUCUAAAGGCACUCUCACUGAACCUAGUAUUUUCUCAGUAGCAUGUGCAUCAGCUUUGAGAGAAGAAGCUCAGCAGUCCAAGAAAAUGCUGGAUCCAGUCCUGGCACUAAAGCAAUAGCCAGGGCCAAACCAUCACCAAAUCCAGAGGGUUCUUACACCUCUGUAA